UGCAAGAAAAGAAACUUCGCAAACUUGCAAAAAAGUGUGGAACGGUUCCUGAGAAUCUCCCUACAAUUCUUCAAAAUCCAGAUAUUGUCACUCUUAUUCUCAAAUAUUUAAAAGGCAAAGAUACCGAUGACGAAAUGCCCGCACUUUUGUUCGAUUGGAAUCAGGCCGGCUUCAAUGACACCAACGUUCCAAAUUGCCGUAACGGUGUUGCAGGACAGACCCAAGGGGCUAUAGUCGCAAACCUCCUUGCAAACGGAGCAACCGAUUUUAUGAAUCUGAACAUACUAUUCGUUUUUCAAAAUGGUCAAGCAAUUGGAACUUGGCACAAGAAUGUCGCUGUGAAUUUGCCUUGGUAUGAGGUAAUUCUAUAUCUUAUAUACAUUGACAUCAGUUUAAUCCAUUAUCCUUUCUUAAAGGGUGAAACAUCAAGCUGGUGUUCCAGAUAUCUGUAA